UUGGAAUCGUGCUUUGUCGGAAGCCAUCGCGACUGGGGUAGUGUUGAGCGGUACGAGGCUGUAGUUGGCUAGUUUUGCAGGGUGCAGUAGCAUGGAGGACACAGGUGGGCCGUGCUCGUCACGGCUGACGGCUGACGCCGAGCCGGGCCCGCUAGAGCCGGCGCUCGACUGCGCCGCCGACGGCCUGAAGGCGCUCAGCCCUGCCCAGCUGCACGGCUUCCUGCUGGCCAGCCCGCCGCUGGGCGUGAAGCGCCAGGAGCUGGAGCUGGCCGACGUGGCGUACCUGGACAGCGACGCGCUGCCGCUGCAGCUGGCGCCGUCCGCCGCGCUCAACUGCUCCAUCCUCAUGGGCUACCUGCGCAAGGCGGACGAGACGGCCAAGCCGCUGCCGCCGCCGUCGCAGAAGCGGCCGCCGGAGCAGGAGCCGCGGGCGCAGACACAGCUCCAGCUGGGGACGGAACCGGAGCCGGGGCCAGCGCCGGAGCCGGCGGAUCCAGCGCAGGCGCCAGCGUCGGCCGCCGGCUGCAAAGAGCCCGGCCUGGGAGGCCCGGCAUCCACCAAGUCGCCGGGGCUGCGGCGCGCCAAGUCCGCCGCCGUCAGCGACAAGAAGAUUGAGAAGUCGAAGAACCUGGUGUGCUCGCAGUGUCCGUUCUACACGUUUGACCGGGAGGCACUGCGGGCGCACAUCGCCGCCGUGCACGACGGCGAGAAGGCUCACCAGUGCGAGGUCUGCCAGAAGCGCUUCACCUACGAGGACUCGCUCAAGCGACACAUGAACCAGCACCACCACUUCAUCAAGAAGUUCCGCUGCGAGCCGUGUGGCGAGCAGUUCGUCAAGCGGGCCGACCUGAUGCUGCACCGUCAGCUGUACCUGCACGGCGACUGCGCCGACCACGACGCCAUGGAGCGCCACCUCACCGAGUCGCACGGCUCCGGUGAGGUGGCCUGCCUGCUCUGCGGCUGCCGCUACCUCCGGCUCGACCACUUCAAGCUGCACGCGCUGUUCCACUCGACGCUGCGCGAGCUGGCGUGCGAGCUGUGCGAGUUCCGCACGUUCAACCCGGACGCGCCCCCCGAGACGCCCGACACGGGCUGUCCCAUCUGCGGCAAGGAGCUCACGUCGCUCACCAACCUCAAGAACCACAUGGUGCUGCACUCGGACGUGCACGCGCACAAGUGCUCCGUCUGCGGACGCCGGUUCAAGCUGCGCAAAUACCUCAACACUCACCUGGCCCUGCACACGGGCGUGCGCCAGUUCAAGUGCACGCUGUGUGACAAGGAGUUCAACCAGAAGUGCGAGCUGAAUCGGCACAUGCGCUACCACAACGGGGAUAUGAAGCACGUGUGCGAGUACUGCGGGAAGCGCUUCAGGGAGGCGAACGGUCUCAAGUUCCACCGCGCGGCCAAGCUGCGCAUCCACCAGCGCAAGCACACCGGCGAGAAGCCCUUCAAGUGCGAGUACUGCGGCAAGGACUUCGCCUACAAGUACAACUUCGACUGCCACCUACGCCUGCACACCGGCGAGCGUCGCUUCAGGUGCUCGGUCUGCCAGACCGGCUUCGAGCGGCGCGACAAACUGCAGACGCACGAGCAGCAGUGCGCCAAACGGAUGGAGGGCCGAGAUCUCGCCUCUGAUGAGCAUCACAGGACAGAGUACCUCGCCUCACCGGACGAGACCGACAAGGCCGAGUUCCCCGGAUAUGACGAGAACGACAGGGCCGAGUACCCCGCCCCUAGCGAGACCGACAGGGCCGAGUACCCCGGCUCUGACGAGGACGACCUGACCAAGUAA